GAGCCCGCGGGGAUGGAGCGGGAGGCGUCGCCGUGGGGCCUCGAGCCCCAGGAUGUGCAGAGUUCUGACGAAAUGAGGAGCCCCGAAGGGUCCCUCAGAGGCAACAUGAGUGAGAAUGAGGAAGAGGAAAUUUCUCAGCAAGAAGGCACUGGGGACUAUGAAGUCGAAGAGAUACCAUUUGGGCUUGAACCCCAGAGCCCUGGGUUUGAGCCACAAAGCCCCGAGUUUGAACCCCAAAGCCCCAGAUUUGAGCCUGAAAGCCCGGGAUUUGAGUCCCGAAGCCCUGGGCUUGUGCCCCCAAGCCCUGAGUUUGCACCCAGAAGCCCUGAAUCAGAUUCUCAGAGCCCUGAGUUUGAAUCCCAGAGCCCUAGGUAUGAACCCCAAAGCCCUGGCUAUGAACCCCGGAGCCCUGGCUAUGAACCCCGGAGCCCCGGUUACGAACCCCGGAGCCCUAGCUAUGAAUCUGAGAGCUCUAGAUAUGAAUCCCAGAACCCUGAGCUCAAAACCCAAAGCCCAGAAUUUGAAGCUCAAAGUUCCAAAUUCCAGGAGGGUGCAGAGAUGCUUCUGAACCCCGAGGAAAAGAGUCCCUUGAAUAUCUCUGUAGGAGUUCACCCCCUGGACUCCUUCACUCAGGGGUUUGGGGAGCAGCCCACAGGGGACCUGCCCAUAGGACCACCUUUUGAGAUGCCCACAGGGGCCCUGCUGUCUACACCACAGUUUGAGAUGCUUCAGAAUCCCCUUGGUCUCACAGGAGCCCUUCGAGGUCCAAGCCGGCGGGGUGGCCGGGCCAGGGGUGGGCAGGGCCCUCGGCCUAACAUCUGCGGCAUCUGCGGGAAGAGCUUCGGGCGGGGUUCCACCCUGAUCCAGCACCAGCGCAUUCACACCGGUGAGAAGCCCUACAAAUGUGAGGUCUGCAGCAAGGCCUUUUCCCAGAGCUCUGACCUCAUCAAACACCAGCGCACCCACACUGGCGAGCGACCCUACAAAUGUCCCCGUUGCGGCAAGGCCUUCGCUGACAGCUCUUACCUGCUUCGCCACCAGCGCACUCACUCUGGCCAGAAGCCCUACAAGUGCCCACAUUGUGGCAAGGCCUUCGGCGACAGCUCCUACCUCCUGCGACACCAGCGCACCCACAGCCACGAGAGGCCCUACAGCUGCACCGAGUGCGGCAAGUGCUAUAGCCAGAACUCGUCCCUGCGCAGCCAUCAGAGGGUGCAUACCGGUCAGAGGCCCUUCAGCUGUGGCAUCUGCGGCAAGAGCUUCUCCCAGCGGUCGGCCCUUAUCCCCCAUGCCCGCAGCCACGCCCGAGAGAAGCCCUUCAAGUGCCCUGAGUGCGGCAAGCGCUUUGGCCAGAGCUCGGUGCUGGCCAUCCACGCCCGCACCCACCUGCCAGGCCGCACCUAUAGCUGCCCCGACUGCGGCAAGACCUUCAAUCGCUCUUCCACGCUCAUCCAGCACCAGCGCUCCCACACGGGCGAGCGGCCCUACAGGUGCGCUGUGUGCGGCAAGGGCUUCUGCCGCUCCUCCACGCUGCUGCAGCAUCACCGGGUGCACAGCGGCGAGCGGCCCUACAAGUGCGAUGACUGCGGAAAGGCUUUCUCCCAGAGCUCCGACCUCAUCCGCCACCAGCGGACCCAUGCGGCGGGCCGGCGCUGACCCAGGGCCCCAGCAGGGGUGGGAGGUUUGGGCAGAAGAUAAGGGGCCAGGGAACUAGAAGAACCUUUAGGGAGGAUAGUGGAGAAGCCGCAGCAGGAUGGAGGAGCUGAGGAUGCUGGAAGAAGAGGGCCAGGGUGGAGGAAGUGACAUGCCCUGGAGACUUGUGGGAAGUGGGUUGGAGGGAGGCCAGGCCGGCAGCGGGAGGCCCUGGGAGAAAUGGAGAGAGGUCAGCGGAGGGCUGGCCUCGCAGUGGUGGCUCCUCGGUGGGUGCCUGGCUUGGCAACGUGCUAGAGCAGGGAGGGGGGAGGGCGGGGGAUUACCUAAUUAGAGUGGGUUAGCUUAGAUUGGUAGCUGCUGAAACCCUUGUUGAGUCAGGAGCAGAUAAAAGGGUAGGUGGGGUGGGGAGUGGGGCCUCGGGGUGGGGCCUGGGCCUCUGCGUGCAAACCCCAGCCUCCCUGUUUUUCCUCAGGCUUUGGAGCCCCUGAGUUUGAGUUCAAUAAAAACCUUUAUGUGGUAAA